CCUCUGCAAUCGGUCUACCCGUGCAAUCGUGCAAUCGUGGCAUAUGAACCAUCCGAUCUCAAUCCAACGGUCGCUGUUAUUUUGCACUUAAACCCCCCACCUCAUCAGCAAUAUUCUCUUUGAAUACUUGCUAAACACCCCCUCAAUGAUAUUGAAUCGUUAAACCGUAACCCCAGGUAUCGCUGCAGUACGUGAAGCGACUCUUCGUCUUCGAAUCCCGUCGAGCGGAGCCACCGACGCCGCCCUACCCGCUUGCGCCGCCACCAUGGGUUGGGAGAUCGACGGCGUCACGCUAGAGCAGAGAGAGGCCGUUCAGCCUCCGCCGCCGCUGGGAGAGGCCGCCGCCGCCGCUGGGCUCAUCGACGACCUGCAAUCUCGAGGCGUAGCAGUCGGGUCUGGAGCUUUUGUGGCCCUCGGUCUCUCUUGUUACCUGGGCGUUUUGUGAUUGGAGUGGAGGAUAUCGGGGUGGCAGCAGGCAGCAGGCAGUUAGUGCGAUCAUUUGGGACCAAUCCGCCAAAAUUGUAGGAGCAUUGACAUUUGACCAAGAGAACUGUGAUUGGUUGCUGCUGCCUGCUCCAACACCGCCAAAAUCACCAUCAUUGACAGAUGAAACUUCCAGUACACCAAAGAAUGCAUCAAUAAAGCCAUAUGUUGGAAUGCCUUUUGAGAACAUUCAUGCUGCAGAGAAGUUCUACAAAGAAUAUGCACAUGAUAUUGGUUUCGCAGUUCGUGUUGGGCAACAGAGAAAGGAUAAUGAUAUUGUUCUUUGGAAGCGGUUCAUGUGCUCAAGGCAAGGAUUUAGGGACAAUAAAGAUAAUGCAGUCAAUGCUCCUCCAUCUGAAGGUAAAAAGAAGCGUAACUUUGCUGAAACAAGAUGUGGUUGUGAUGCAUACAUCUAUGUGAAGUUGGAUGCUGAUAAUAGAUACACUAUACAGUCAAUGGUUGAUGAGCACAAUCAUGGUCUUGUCUCACCAGAUAAGCGUCAUUUGCUCAGAUCAAAUCGUUCAGUAAGUGAACGUGCAAAAAACACCCUUUUCAACUGUCACAAAGCAAGCAUGGGUACCUCACAGCCAUAUAGGCUACUUCAUGUUAGCGAGGGAGGAUUUGAUAAUGUUGGAUGCACCUUGAGGGACUUGCAAAACUACUAUCGUGACCUUAGGAAAAAGAUUACAAAUGCAGAUGCUGAGAUGUUUGUUGCACAGUUAGAGAGGAAGAAGAAAAUCAAUCCAGAUUUUUUCUAUGAUUUCGCUGUGGAUGAACAAGGCCGGUUGGUGCAUGUUUUUUGGGCUGAUGCUGUGAGUAGAAAGAACUAUUCUCACUUUUGUGAUGUGAUUUCCUUUGAUUCUACAUACAGCACGAACCAAUAUAAUAUGAUCUUUGCACCUUUUACUGGAGUCAAUCAUCAUUUGCAAAAUAUAUUUAUUGCUGGUGCUUUUUUAGCAAAUGAGAAAGUUGAAUCAUAUGAAUGGUUAUUCAAGACAUUCCUAGUUGCGAUGGGAGGGGUAGCACCACGUCUUAUCAUAACUGAUGAAGCUGCUAGCAUUAGAGCUGCAAUUGCAAAAAUUUUCCCAGACUCAGUUCACAGGUUAUGCAUGUGGCAUAUCAUGGAAAAGUUUCCAGAGAAGGUUGGUGGUUAUUCUUCUGUUAAUGAUGAAAAUUCUGAUUUCUGGCCAAGGCUUAAUGCAUGUGUUUGGGGUUCAGAAACAGGUGAAGAAUUUGAGUCAGAUUGGAAUUCUUUAAUGUCUGAGUAUGGUUUGGAUGGGAAUGAAUGGAUACAGAAUAGAUAUCGAAUCCGUGAAGAGUGGAUUCCAGCAUACUAUAUGGAUGUACCUCUAGCAGGUGUCCUUAGAACCACAUCCAGGUCCGAGAGUGCAAAUGGAUUUUUUAGCCAUUUUAUUCACCGCAAACUAUCAUUUGUUGAAUUUUGGCUGAGAUUUGAGACAGCUUUAGAAUGGCAACGGCAGGAGGAGUUGAAGGCAGACAACAAAAGUAUUCAUAGUGCUCCACAGUUGAAAACAUCUUGGCCUAUGGAAAAACAGGGUAGUGUACUAUACACACAUGAGGUGUUCUUAUCCUUUCAGAAAGAGGUUGUUGCUGCUAGAGAUCAUUGUUGGGUUCAAAAUAUUACCCUUUCUGAUGAAAUGAAAAUUGUGACCAUAGGUGAUGGAAGAAAGAAAGAUAGAGAUAUUCAUGUAAGUAUGAUGCCAACAUGUUCUUGCAAGUUAUUUCUGUCAAGGGGGAUCCCAUGUCGCCAUAUUAUUCUGGUUUUACGUGGUGAAAAACAAGUAGAGUUACCGGUUGACUACUUUUUGCAAAGAUGGGAGAAAAGGUGCAAAAGGUAUUGGAACACAUUGGACGACAAAAUUCUAGAAUCUAAUGAUCCGGCGAUGAGGAAAAAGAUAGCAAAUGUACGCAAUAAGUUUGAAGACUUGAUAAGAAAAGCCAACAAUUCCGAGGAAGGCAUGGACUUUUUAUUGUUGGGGAUUUCUAACCUUGAGGAACCACUGGAUCAAAUGACAUCGCCUAAUAAACAGUCUAAGCAGGAUGAAUAUGAGGCAUUCAUCGGUUGCCAUAUUCCAAAUGAAGUGACAGUCCAUCCACCAACUGAUAUCUGUUCCAAGGGGAGAAGCAAAAGGAUUAAAAAAAGCAAAGAAGUCAAUGCUUGCAAAAAGAAGCGAAAGGUUCCCUAGAGCUUUAGGUCUUUAGUUUUUUUUUUCUGUAAGCUUACUGAUUUAUGUAAGCGUGGUGAUUUUGAGACGUACUGUCAGGCAGAGCACAUCAGGAGAACCGGCCGUGUGCCGCCUUCCUUUGGCUGCUGGAACUGGUGCUCGUAGGAAGCAAGCUGUGAAGCAUCUCGCUGUUACUGUCUACUAGUGAAAUGAAUAUCGAAUGUCUUGUAGAACCUUCCUUUUGGACUGAUUCAGUAGAUAUGUGACAGAAGAAGUAUGAAUCACUUGUAACUAUAUAUAUAAGAUGUGUGCCUCAUGGCGUCUGUGCUGUGCAGCUACUGUCAGUGUCUUAGAUGCCUCGAAAUCAUUGUUAAGCGAAGUUCAGAAUC